AACGUCAGUACGCAUACGUCAUCGCUGGACAACUUGCGUGUUCGCUUGCAUUCCCAUCAACAAACAAGGCUGUUUGCAAUAUUUACUCAACAAUAUGAAGAAACUACUCGCUUUAGCCGUACUUUGUCUGCUUUUCAACAGUUUAACCGUGGCGAAAAAGUUCAAAGAAGGUGAGAAACCAUCAUGGGCGAAGAAAGACAUCCGCGAUUUCAACGAUGCCGACAUGGAACGCUUGCUAGAGCAAUGGGAGGAAGAUGACGAUCCACUCGAGCCGGACGAGCUGCCGGAACAUUUGCGCCCACCGCCCUCGAUCGAUAUGGGCAGCGUGGACGCGUCGAAUCCGGAAAACAUUCUCAAACUGUCGAAGAAGGGCCGCACGCUGAUGUCGUUCGUGUCCGUCAACGGCAAUCCGACGCGGGAGGAAACGGAGGACAUCACCAAGCUGUGGCAGACCAGCCUGUGGAACAACCACAUACAGGCGGAACGUUACCUGAUCGACGACAAUCGGGCCAUCUUCAUGUUCAAGGACGGGGCCCAGGCCUGGGAGGCGAAGGACUUCCUGGUCGAGCAGGACCGGUGCCUGCACGUGUCGAUCGAGAACAAAGAGUACAAGGGCAAGCACAACCGGGACGAGCUGUGAGCCGGAUGGGCUGUUUUCCCGGCUGGGAAAGUGCGACGGGGCGUGGCAACCAUGGCAUCUUGGUGGGGGUUUAAUCGAAAAUAAAAUGAACUCUACAAUGAA